AGCAUGGUAUCAAUCGUCAUAAGUUCCUGGAGCCUCCUGUUUUCUUGCUGCGUAACUCAGGGCGUUCUUGUUAGUUCAUCGUGCUUGUUGGCGUAGAAGAUGGUCAAGCUCAUGGAGAACGUAGUCUCCGCCAUCCCUAUCCUCGACGAACUCACCGUCGAGGAGCGAAACCUCCUUUCCUUCGCUUACAAGAACGUGAUCAGUGCUCGCCGUGCCUCCUGGCGGAUCAUCUCCUCCAUCGACCAGGAGGAAGGACGCGGCAACACCGACCACGUCUCCGUCAUCCGUGAGUACAGGGCCAAGAUCGAGGCCGAAUUGUCCGAGAUUUGCGUCGGAAUCUUGAAGCUCCUCGAAGAGAAGCUCGUUCCGGCCGCUGGGACUGGUGAUUCCAAGGUAUUUUACCUGAAGAUGAAGGGAAAUUACUAUAGGUAUCUGGCUGAGUUCAAGACUGGCGAUGAUCGGAAAGUGGCUGCCGAGAACACGCUCACUACCUAUAAAUCUGCUCAGGACAUUGCGACUGCUGAGCUGGCCCCAACUCAUCCCAUCCGAUUUGGAUUGGCUUUGAAUUUUUCAGUCUUCUACUAUGAGAUCUUGAACUCUCCCGAUCGUGCUUGCACUCUUGCGAAACAGGCUUUUGAUGAAGCCAUUGCAGAGCUGGAAACGCUUGGAGAAGAGUCAUACAAGGACAACACUCUCAUAAUGCAACUGCUAAGGGAUAAUCUUACUCUCUGGACUUCGGAUGUGCAUGACCAGUUGAGGAGCCGUAGCAGGCGUGUUAAACCGGCGGUGGUCCUAUUCUUCAUCUGAAGGAGUUCGUGGUUUACUGCAUCAACUGUUUUUUUUUUCAAUUUGGUAAAGCAAAAUGGCUAUAAUUACUUGGGGUGAAUUUGUAAUAAGUAUGAUAAUAUAGGCCUUUAGAAAAAAAAAUUAUGUCAAGUAAUAUUGUAUAAAAGGAUGAAGAAGAAAGAAAUGAAGGUGAAUAAA